AUGGCAGUGGCCACGGCAAUUGAGUUUGAUUUGACGGCUGGACAUGACGGCACGCACGAUCGGCGGUGCCUGUCGCAGUGGCUGCCGAAGGGCGUUCAUGUGAAGGUAGUGACGAAGGUGCUGCCUGGAUUCCCGGGACAGGCGCUGAACAUGGAGAUCCACGACGACAGCCCGCACAUGAACCAGUACGGAGCGCGCAAGCACGUGGACGACGUGGUGUUCCGGUUCGACACGCAGGCGCACGCCAACGUGAUUGUGUGCUUCCAGAACGUGCUGGACGCGGGCCAGGCGCCGGACGGGCGGGCGCUGACGGUGCAGUUCAAGAUGCAGUCGGGCGCGGACGCGGAGGAUUUCGGCAAGCUGCAGAGCGAGCAGAAGCUCAAGCCGAUGGAGAUCGAGCUGAGGCGGCUGGCGAUGCACUUGGAGGACGUGCAGGAUGAGCUGCAGUAUCUGAAGCAGCGCGAGAGCUCGUUCAGAGACUCGAACGAGCAUAUGAAUGCGCGUGUCAAGAACUUUGGCUUAUUCUCGAUCGCCGUGCUUAUCGGCGUUGCAGUGUACCAGGUGCUGUCGCUGCGCCGGUUCUUCCACCAGAAGAAGCUGAUUUGA